AUGUCCUCAUCUGUCACUCGCAAAGUGGUCAUCGACGAUACUAGCAGCCUCAUCCGUUACGUUGGACCUUGGAUCACCGUGAAUGGCCAGAACUAUGACACGCAGGGGAACUUUGGGGCAACGUUUAACAACUCUUUACACGGGACGACUGGCGUCGCCAACUUUUCUUUCUCUUUUAGUGGCUCUCAGGUUUAUGUAUCUGGGACAAUCUCCAUUAAUAACUCGACUGGCGUUCCGGAUCCGUCCUGGGGGUGCUUCAUGGACAGUGUUGCCAGUGGCACGAGUCCGCCGUUCGGAUACAUUGAAAAUAAUUGGCCUCUUUGCCAGUGGGAUAAUCUCGCCGACGGACCACAUGUCCUGGAAGUCCACGUCACCAGCAAAGGACAGACCUUUUGGUUCGAUCAAAUCAAUUAUACUCCCUCCCCCAACCUCAUUGUCAACGAGACGGCUCUUCUGGUUGAUCAUAAGGAUGCCGAUAUUCAUCUGGACUCGUCAUGGGCGGAUUUAGGGGGCAUUGCCAACUAUACAAGUCAAAAGGGCGCACAAAUGCAAUUUAGUUUUGUCGGUACGGGUUUGAGCUGGUACGGUUUUAAACCCACGGAGUUACCCCAUGGCCCCACGACAGCGUCAUACGUCGUUGAUAAUCAGUCUGCUGUGACGUUCACUCUACCUGGUCUGCCCAAAUCUGAUAUCCCCACUCAGUACAAUCAGAAGUUUUUCGAGACUCUCGCCCUUCCUUUCGGCUUGCACAAUAUUACCGUUACCCAUGGCGGUGAUCCGUCUUUGACGCCGCUUGUCCUAGGAACUCUGGUCGUCAUGAAUGGAACCACCUCGAAGACCCUGCCUGCUCAGAUUUCGAGCCCUUCCAAAGAUAACCAUGUAAAGCAUGCAAGAAACUUGGGGAUCAUCAUAGGCCCCGUUUUUGCUGCUGUUGUGAUCUCCAUUAUCGUUUCAACUGCAGUUAUCAUUCAUUUCAGGCGGCGAAAAGCGGGCAAGAACGAUGACACCGAGCUAUCACUGCCAUCCGCUUCGACAGGCAACUUCGCCUCGCCAGACAAUACACGGGAAUCCCACAAUGUGUUCUUGUCAGAAUCAACUCCCUUCAUGUCUACCGCAGGCCUUCAAAUUGAAUCGCCUUCCCAUACAUCAUCCGCAAACUUACAUCACUCCAACACGAUUACUCGCACCAUGCGAAAGCAGGAGGAGGCUCUGGCAGCUUUUAACUUGUCCCCAGGUAGCGAAAGCGGGUCAUCAAGGAAGUUGUUGAAUUACCCCCAUCAUACACGCCUAGUUGAGGGCCUCAGGGUUCCGCACCACAUAUCUUUCCGAUUCAUCAAAGUUCCCAUUGCAGUUCACAUAUACCUUAUAUCACCUCGCUUUAGCUAG